ACCUGGAAGUCGAGGGUUUUGAUCCCUUUGCGCGCUGGCUUUUAUUUUUUGCUUGUUCGCUUGCAGGACAGCACAGCAAAAAGCCCGCGUGGUUUCGAAAUUGAAACAAUGUCUUCAUCGAAGAUGAUCACCCUGAUAAGCUCCGAUGGCGAGACCUUCGAGGUCAACGAGGCCGUGGCUAUCGAGUCCCAGACUAUUAAGAACGGGAUCGAGGACACUUGCACAGACGACGGCAUCCCGCUCCCCAAAGUGACGGGCCAGAUCUUGGCCAAGGUCCUCGAGUACUGCAAGAAGCACGUCGAGCAGGCCAUCUCCGACGAUGAUCUCGCGAUCAAGGACUGGGACGCCGAGUUCGUCGAGGUUGACCAGGCAACUCUAUUCGGUCUCAUCAUGGCUGCAGACUACUUGAACAUCAAGAGCCUUCUGGAGCUGACAUGCCAAACAGUGGCAGACAUGUUCAAGGGAAAGACCCCAGGAGAGGAGAUCCGCAAGACCUUUAACAUCAAGAAUGACUAUUCCCCAGAGGAAGAAGAAGAGGCUCGUCAGGAGAACCGGUGGGCAUUUGACCGAUGUCAUAAUGGGUAA